UCUUUUUAAGUAAUAAUUAAAAACUUAGAAGUAGUUCAGAAAUAAUAUAAUCAAUAAUUCAUAUAUUAGGUCAUUAGUAAAAAGACUAUAAAGAAUAGAAUUUAAGAUAACAUGGGAAAUGACAAUUGCUGUGCGAUUAGGAAAAGAGAGUCAAAUUUUGAUAAAAGCUAGAAAAACUACAUUAACAUGCUAUUCACUACUAUCUCAGAAAACAAUGAAAAUACAAAAAAGAAGGGAAUAAUUGAUCCUUAGGGUUUUGCAGAUUAUAUGUAUGAGACAGAUUUAAUACAAAAAAUACUAACAGAUGAGCUUUUUGGAAAUGAUUAAUUUAUUUCAUAUGAAAGGUUUUGCAACUUUUGUGCUGAUUUAAUUUUUAGUGAGCCUGGCUACAAGAUGUAUUAUUUAGAAUCUCUCGUUGAGUGGAAAAUUAAGCUUAUUAAUCCAAAAAUAAGAGGAGAUCAAUGGAAAUAAACACGAACAACUUUGACACAACUCCAGCAAUUUAUGAAGGAAAUAUUUAAAAUCAUUGAAACUACAGAUAGUGCGAAGUCAAGCUACAAUAUUCCUGAUCCUAAUUUAAUUCUUACAGUAAUGUUCAAAGAAGGAUUAGAAGAAACGAAAUCUUGGGAUGAAAUAAUAAAUUAUUUUUACAAAAAAUAUCCCUUGAUUGAUGAUAUUUUGAGGAAUUAUUAUGAAUACAAAUUUUUGAGAAAGCCUAUGCAAUAUGGCUUCCCUGUAUUGUAAAUUAAACAAACUAUGGCUUUUGAUUACAACAUAAGCUCAGCAAUAGCUUUGACUAGCGACCAUCUAUUUAGGAAAAUCACUAUUUUAAAUCGCAUAUUUUCAUCUGGUGAAUUGAGUUUUAACUAUGAAACAUUCUAGCAACAAAUAGAAAGUUUUGAAGGAGGACUUUUAAUUUUGUUAAAGUUUUUGGGAAAAGAAAUUCCUGGUACCCAUCAUUAGCAAUUAGUAGGCGUGUAUGUACCUGAUGGGUUUUCAUCAGCAGUUAAUUAAGGAGGAGUUUAUGGAUCUUAGGAAAUAAUAUUAUUUGAAAUAUCUCCUCAUUUCUAGCCUAUUUAUUCUAUUGAAAGUAUUCUUAAGAGAAAGGAAAGAAGUAGACUUCAAUAGUCUGAUUAAUAGAAACAGGAACCUUUAAAGCGUUAUAUUAGUUACACAGAUAAAGGUUUAGGCUUUGGGUAUGAUUAAAAAACAUAAAAACACCGUAUAUGGAUAGAUAGAAAUAUGUUUUAGAGCUCAUACAUUCUUUCGAAAGAUGAUUACUUUGAAUCAGGAUUUGAUUAUUUUUAAAAUCACAUUCUUAUUCAUAUAGAAGCAUGGAGUGUAACCAAAGAUUUCCCUAGGCAUUCACAGAACAUAAUUGAAUUAGCUGAAAACAAUUAUCGUUAAUUUAUAAAAUAUAAAAACUAUUAAUAGAUAUUUUCAACAGAAAAUGAUGCUUCUAGUGCUGCUCACUCUUAUAAAUUUUAGAAUGACGUGCUUAGCUACUCUUAAAUUAGAAAUACAAAUUAUCUGGAUUCUAAUGGAGGAUCAUAUAUUAAUCAUGCCCCAUAAUAAUAGCUUAUGAGAGGUAGCAUGUAAUUGGAUGAAGAAGAGAGAAAGAAAAGAACAAGGCAAUUACUUGGAAGUGUGGUGCAUAGAAAUUAAAAUGGUUAGAGGUAAACAAUUAGCCACUAAAAUAAUUAAAACAGUUAAAACAAAGAUAGACUAGAUGAAAUUUAUAAGAAAUAUAAAGAUUUAUAAAACUAAAUAGAGUUUAACUAGUCAGAUUAUGACAGAGUAAUGGACAGACACUUAUAAAAAAUUAAAUCAAGUAAUGAUCAACAAGUAAUUUAAUAGCCAUAGCAAUAAUAGUAACCAUAAUAAUCUACAUAUAUUUACACUAUAUAACCUUCACAAGGAUCAUAGAUAUAAAUUAGUUAGAGCUAAUUUCAUGCAAGAUCAAAUAGUAACGGAAGUAAUUACUAAAAUGGAUUAAAUAAUAGUCCAAGUAGAUAAUUAAAUUACUCAUAAAAUAAUGUGGUUGUAAAUGAUGUAAAUGAAAGUUUUUACAAUAAACAUUUGUUCUAAUCUUGA